GGUAAGGAGGGGGAGGAAUCAGAGAUUGUAGGACUAAAACACUCCGUCCAUUACAUUGUAAGAAAUACAGGAAAUACCUGAAAUAUCUGUCUCCGGUCACAGUUUUACUGUGCUUCUAAAUGCCUCACUCGGUAACAGGCAGCUCCAGGAGAAAGGAUUUCUGAAGAUGGAAAAAGGAUACCCAGCAGAGGAUUCGGCUCCACCAUAUCCUGGGCCACCUAUGAACUACGGGGGUGCCGUGCAGCAGCCAGGGAUGUACCCUCAGCCGGUCUUCUACCCUGCAGCGCCUCCACCUGCUUACCAGGGAGGUGCUCCUUAUGCUCCGCCCCCGGCUGCACCUGUCACAACAGUGACUCACAUGAUAGUAACGCCAGCACUAAAUGAUGUCCCGGGACAAACUGUGUGUCCCCACUGCCAGCAGACGGUCAUCACCAAGACAGAGCACACAGCAGGCCUGAUGACCUGGGCCAUCUGUGGUGGCCUCACCCUCUUUGGGUGUUUUCUUUGCUGUUGUAUCCCGUUCUGUGUUGACUCCUGCCAAGAUGUGGAGCAUCGCUGUCCUAACUGCAACAAUGUCAUCUACAUAUACAAGCGAAUGUGAAAGUGACUCAAUGCUUAUCUGUAGCCUUAACUUGCUCUACAACAUUUUUUAUACUGAUUAAAAUUAUAUUAAAUGCAGCUAUACUGACAUUGUUGUCAUUUUACGUCUCUUUUACAUUAUAAUUUCAAUGCUAAUCAAAUACAUGAUGAGGCAUCAAACUGUGGAUAUUACUGUAUAUUCAGCAAGCAUUUGUAGUACAUUAAACAUAUAAAUGCCAAUAAAAAAACAACCUUUUUUUCAGCUGUCUGCAGUAUUAUGAGUUGUCCAGCGGUGAAUCCAGUUGGUUGCUGGGUGUUUUACAUUUUCUGCCGCAUAAUUUCAUGUUUUCUCAGUGCCCCGUAUUUUCUUCUGUCUUUUCUCAUUGUGCUUCAUAGUUUGUAAUUCAUAGUUUGUAAUUCAUUGUUUUACUAAUUAUUCCUGUUUUUCUUUUAAAAGAAAGGCAUUUGUUGAAUGUUCUGUUUGAUCCUCUCUCAGAAGAGGGUCAACGAGACAGAUUACAGUCAUGCUAACUCCUCUGUGAGGCUACACACAGCAGUGCUUGGAGCUAAAUGCUCAUGUUAGUAUGUGAACAUACAGUGAAAAUGCUAACAUGUAGGAGAUAGGCUAUAAUAAGGUUCAACUUUUGAGUUUAGCGUGUUAGCAUGCUAACAUUAAAGGUGCAGCAGGUAAGACUUACAAAACUAACUUUCUGUCAUAUUUCAUUCAUUCUCCCUUGUGGGGGCAGGGGCUUAGGAGACCGUUUUGGGCUUUAGCAGAAAGGGGGGAGGGACUGAGAAGUUGUUCACACAAUCCUACCUACAGCACCUUUAACACUAAACACAAAGUAUGGUUACGGAGAUGUUUUUGUCUUGAGGUGUUUGGUCAUAAACCAAAGUAUUGGACAAAAAGAACUUUUGACUUGAUGGUGCUAAAUGAAAGGUUAGGGCACCAAAGUUAUCAUGAUUUAUCAUCUGGGGAUGCUGACCUUCAGGUAAUGUCACCAAUUAUCUGCAUGUACACAGUGUAUAUUUAUUGUAAUUUUAAAAUAAAUCGGACAACUAAUCUA